UUUCCAUUUUCCAUUAAUAUACCUCAGUACAUAGGAUUUAGAAUUUGAAUUGCUAAAUCAAUUUCCACCGAGUGCCCACGGGGAGUGUGUGUCAAACUUCGCUAUCAUUAUUCUAGUAUGAUACCCGCAUCGCACAGCUAUUCCUCCCAAUUGCGAAUCUCGACGCCUGGCGAAAUGCCUGAAGGAAGGAGGCGAGGCCCUGCCCAGCCUCAAGAGGCACGCGGCCGCCUAGAAGGGAGCGGAGCGCCGUCAGAAGCAAGGGGCCAUCCCCCACGGAGCAGCAGGAUAUAUUCAGGGGCCUGCAGGAGGUUGAAGCCAUGGCGGUUCUGAGGAGGGUCCAGGGCAUCCAGGAGCUAGUGGGCGUGUGUUUGGAGCGCUUCAAGAUGGCCACCAAGUACGGCGGCCCUAUCCUGCAACGCUGGCUGGGAAGCAAGUCCCCGCUACUCCCUCAGCAGUGGUUCGACAUCCCCAUCAAAAUCACGAAAACUUUCCGGGACAUCCACUCGCUGGAUGUCAUCCACAAUGAUAUUAAGACCAACAACCUCUGCCUGGAAGUCACUCCCGACGGCAUCGAAGUCACCCUCAUCGACUUCGGUCUGUUUGAGCGAAGGGGUAAGUACUUGCGCCUCUCAGGGGACUGGUGUGCGGACGAGUAUUAUCUCCCCGAGUUCUUCGAGAGGCGGACAUCUACGGCCUCGGGAGGCUCAUGAAGAUCUUUAGGCGCGUCCUGCCGGAGACGCCUGGGCUGGUCGCGUGGCUGGAGAAGAGCCAGAGCCAGUUCCCGCGAAGGGCUGGACGUCCUCCUGGAUGCUCUCAGGGAAGAGCGGAGCAUCAUGAGCCAUCAGAUGAGGUGACCAAGGCUGUGAUGUGUCCACGAAUAUGUAUUGCGAUAAAUGUUGUGGUUUGAAAGCUUUAAAUGAAUGCUAUACCAUAUGGCUGUAAUAUUAAUUCAUGUAAUCAUACCGGUUGUAACAGUAACGAUGAUACAUAACAAGAAAGUCAACAAAACAUA